GUCUGUAACACCGGUUAGUUUGUUUACAUUUUUGACAAGUGAGAACGAGCUGUCUCAUGUCCAAUAGAUGAUUUGAUAUAAUUUUGCGUAAUCCUUAUGUUCAGUGUUAUUUUUUACCGGGACUUCUAAUUGAAACAUAGGCAAGCAUGGAAGGGGAAUACAGCAGUGAAUCUAUGAUGCAACAGGCCCAGCAAGUGUGGUCAAUGCUGGACGACAUGGCUGAUAAUGAUCCUGGUGCAUAUAAAGCAUUUAUAGACAAACAGAUGGCAGAGAGAAACAAUUUUAUGGCACCACCAGAGCCACAUAUGUGUGUCAAAACAGAAAUGGUGAAGCCUGAGAAAAUAAAUUUCUACAUAAAUUUUUGCUCCUGGAAGAGAAUACCACCACCAGCAAAUGCGGAAGAACCAGUUAAAGUGACUGGUUGUGCAGUUAGUCAAAUUAAAGAGGGUAAAGGUACUAAGACUGCCACUUCAGUGGCUUUUAAUGGAAAGAUCUUAGAUGAAUGUGGGAGAAAUCCUGUAAACAAAGAAGAUCAGCAUGUUCUUAUACAAAUAGCCAUGGACUUUAUAGAGAAACAAAACCCACAUAUUGUUCUGAAACGAAACUAUAAAAUACUUGAGCAAGCACAUAUGGGUAAUGUUAAACAACUUCAAGAAAGUUUACUACUGUCUUUUAAUAGCAAGAAUAAGAAUCAGGAAGACAAUGUGGAAAAUGUUCUCAAACAUUUUGCUCCUCCAACUGUUGAAUUGCCAAAUGAGUUCAACAAGGAAACAGAAGAUAUUUCAGGGAUAACUCUGAAUACUAAACCUGUGAAAAAAGGCCUAAUAGAGGAAGUAUCUUCUACAGCAGUUACAUUACCGGAACCAGGUUUUGAUUUGAACAUUGUUCAGACUGACUCAAAGACAUGCAAAAAAUUAGUGUUGAAAGUUUAUUUGCCUGGUGUGAAGUCUGUGUCACAGUGUGAACUGGAUAUAUCACAGGAUGAUGUAUACCUACUUGUAGAAGGAGAGUACGAGCUAAAACUUCCACUCCCCUGCCAUAUAGUCUACUCCGAAGCUGCAGCAAAAUUUAUCAAAAAAUCAGAGACUCUGUCCAUUACCUUGCCAAUAAAAGAAUGAUCCUUUAGUUACAUGAGCAAGAAAUGAAAAUGAUUGAAAGGUAUUUAAGGAGGAAAAAGAAGAUUAAUAUGAUAACAAGUAAACUCAUUGGCAGGAGUUUCAAUUCCUCUUGGAACAUUUAACUCUGUUUUGUGAACAAGCUUGUCAUAAACUAGCUGUGGUGGUCAGAUGCAGACUGUUACUCGUUCCUGAAGGUGUGCACAAAGGUGCAUCCAUGUCACCUGCAUAUUCUUAUAUAACAUUUAUAUUGUUGUUUUUAGUAAAACAACACCAAAAAUAACAAACUCAUCAGUGGUUCAAAGAACAAAAUCCAACAUACAACUUAUUGCUUAUAAAAAAAGUAUGAAAACUGUUUUCUUAAGUUCCAUUCAUGCACGGCUCCAUUUUGAGUCUUUUUGUUAUAACAUGUACAUAUUUUAGUACAUGAGUUUUAAAAUGCAUUUAAAUAUUAUUUAAUUAAUAAAAACAAUAAUAACAAUUUACAGUUGUUAAAGUAAAUUGAUUGCAUGCCUAUUCAAGCUAUUGUAACUUUCUGUAUGGUCAUAUUUUACUUUCUAUUUGUUGAUUUGUUUGUUCUCUAGUCAGGUGCUCCCUAAUGAGCCAUGUCUUGAAAUGACAAAGUUUGAAAAUCUCAAUGAAGCAAGAUUUAAACUACAUGUAUUGUAUUUUGUAUUGAUUAUACAAUAAGAAUUAAAUGAAA